UCAAAGCAAAGCCGGAGGAUUCCUCUUUUAACCGCUCACCAUGCUUCGCUUGCUUCCUGUAGUUGGCAGCUCAUAGUCAUGGAAACUAAGGUUGUCUUCUUCUUCUUCUCUUCCUCCUUUUUCACUCAGUCUUCCUUUGAUUUGCGUCCUGAAUUUUGAUUUUCUUCCAUGGAUCAUCAAUCUCUUCUACCCUUUUCUGCACGCAAUCUCUUUUUUUGAUCAAACCGUGUAUUUGUAGUUGCAACCCCCCCUUUCCAUUUCAAUCUCCUUAACCUCUGUUGUUCUCUGUCUGGAAUUUCUCUGCAUUAUUUAACCGUUUACUUCGGUUCUUUGUCGUGUUCUGAUUUUCCUCCAUGUACAUUUCUUACAAUCCAAGUUUCUAGUUGUAUUUUCCUCUGUUGAUUGAUUUUGGAUAGAAUUUUAGCUUUUGGGUUUGUUAGUUCCGUCUCCAAUUUGACUUUGUUGGUCUUUUGAUACCCUUGUCUUCAACUAAACUACGAGUGAAUUGUUGGGAGUUUGAUCUUUGUUCGAGUUUCGGCCUGAGAUUUGAGUAUGGGUUGUUUCUUCAAUUGGCAUCGAAAAACGAAGAUUAAGAGUGGAGAAGGAUCGGUUAACGAAUUGAAUCAAAGAAACAAAUCGGAUCGUAAACCUACCAAUCGUGGGAUUGAAGCAUUGGAAACUUUGCCUACGCCCCGGAGCAUACCUGAGUUGUACAAAGAGAAGGAGCAUACUCUGAGAGCUUUCACUCUCGACGAGCUCAAAAUUGCGACGAAUGGGUUCAGCAGGUCGCUAAGGAUUGGAGAAGGUGGGUUUGGGAGUGUAUAUAAGGGGAAAUUAAGACUUGAAGGUGAUGAGGGAGAGGAAAUCAUAGUUGCCAUCAAGCGGCUUAAAUCAAAUAGUUCACAGGGUCAUAAACAAUGGCUUGCAGAAGUUCAAUUUCUUGGAGUUGUUAGUCAUCCAAAUCUUGUAAAGCUUUUGGGAUACUGUUCAGAAGACGGAGAAAGAGGGAUCCAACGUCUUUUAGUCUAUGAAUUCAUGUCUAAUGGAAGCCUAGAAGAUCAUCUCUUUAGUAGGGGUACAACUCUUUUGACUUGGAAAACUAGGUUACAGAUUAUCCUUGGUGCAGCUCAAGGAUUGGCUUAUCUACAUGAAGGAUUAGAAGUUCAGGUGAUAUAUCGGGACUUCAAAUCAUCAAAUGUGCUAUUGGAUGAAGAAUUCUCUCCUAAACUUUCGGACUUUGGGCUUGCUAGAGAAGGGCCAACUGGUGAUCACACACAUGUGUCCACUGCAGUGGUUGGGACAUAUGGAUAUGCGGCACCCGAGUAUGUCGUCACUGGACAUCUAACACUGCAAAGUGACAUAUGGAGUUUUGGAGUAGUGUUGUAUGAGAUCCUAACAGGCAGACGGGCUCUCGAAAGAAACCGCCCAACAGGGGAGCAAAAGCUACUGGAGUGGGUGAAACAAUUUCCUACAAACAGUAAAAGUUUCAAGACAAUAAUAGAUCGUCGGCUUCAAAACCAGUAUAACCUGGUUGCAGCUCGGAAAGUUGCCAAUUUAGCCAAUCAAUGUCUCAACAAGACUGCAAGAAAUCGACCAACAAUGUCGAAAGUUGUUGAAAUCCUGAAGCAAGCACUAGAAGAGUCAGAGGACUGAGGAGAGUGUUUAGUUCUGAGGAUUCAUGUUAAUCAUCUGGGUGGUAACUGAAAAAAAAAAAAAAACUGAAAUGGUUGAUGAUGAUGCUGAAACUUCACAUCUCAAGUCUCAACAACAUCAACAGAAUAAUGAAACAAAUUGGUACUUGCUAUCACUUUUUUGUAUGGAAAAGCUUAGUGGAGGUGCCUCAGCCUCCUCUUCUUUUAUGCCUGGUAAUUAUAUGACUCUUGACCUGAUUCUAUUCAACCAUCUGAACAGAUAACUUUUUGUAUUAGCUCUUCAUUUUCAUCAUCUUAAAAAUAUAUGAAUCCUAAGGAA